AGUGAACUGGCAAAGCUGAAAGCUGACGCUUGCUAGCUCAAGCCAAUUCCGUGUCUUCUUGGUCAAGAGACCCAGGCAGUAGGCAGCUUGCCAUGUUCUUUGAUGGACGGAGCGAGAUCCUGCCAUACAUGACAGAGCUAUGGCAGCAGGUGGAGUCUGUAAUUGGUUUGACGGUGUCCGUCACGAUCCUGUGGCUUUCGGGGGAGGUGGCGAUGCAGGCGGACAUGCCCAGAUCUAGCACCAUCUUGGACGUGCUGCUGAAGUUGGAGGCUGGAGGAGCGGGGGUGAACCGCUACACCAAGCUGCUGAAGGAUGGAGAGCCGCUGGCGCGGAGUGUUCGACUAGGAGAUUUGAAGCUUGGGGCGGAGGCCGUUCUGUAUGUUCUCAACUGCCCGGGCAGAACGUACAUCCGACAAAUGGAUGCUGAGCAUGACGACAAUGGCAUCAUUUACAAAGCCCUUCUUCUCGGCGACAGCCGGACGGGCAAAACCUGCUUCAGCAACAGGCUGCUGCAUAACACCUGGUCUUCUGACUACAAGCGCACCAUUGGCGUGGAUUUGGGAGCCAUUCAGCUGACAACAGAAGGAGGGCGGGUGGUCCGAAUGCAGCUGUAUGACACCUGCGGCGAGGAGCGCAUGCGAGCCCAAACAGGGAAUGCACGUAUCGGGCCUGGGGUCAUCUUGAUCUUCUUUAGUCUCGUGAAUCGAUCCUCCUUUGAAGCUGUCCCGGUCCUGGUGGACUUGGCAAAGACCGAAUACAGCUCACUAUUGAUGGUGUCCAUUGUCGGGACGCACGCGGACGCUGAAAGACACGAGGUGUCCUACCAAGAGGCGGAGGACCUGGCCAAGAAGCUGCGGUGCCGGUACUUUGAGACCAGCUCGUUGACCGGGCAAGGCGUCACGGAAGCCUUCCACCAAACCUUGGACCACCUCCUCAACGUAACUACAGAGAUGGUCAUUCAGAUCGGGGGCUGAGCGCCAUGACUGGCAUCUUCCAAGGCGCACCACGAAGGAAUUCCUUUUCGUGGAGCCGCCGACUGGCAUGGCUUUGUCGCGAGCGCCGCACGUUCGGAGUUGGGCACAUUGUGCCACCACGCUCUGCGAGUGACUGACCGUGCUUGAAACAAUGGUUUUCACCCGCCGUUUGUACAGCAACCAAGUUUGCCGCCAUCUCAUUUAAUGGGCAGACAUCUUAACAUCUUGCUCUUGACUCUGUGAGUGCGCUGGCAAGCGGAUCUGACAUGA